GUGAUUUUAUCAUCGUCGUACGUCCAUUGAUUACUUCAGUACAAUUUAUGGUAUUUUGAAAAUAUAUCUGUCAUAAGUGGUAAAUUUUUGACUUGUUCACAUGAAUAAACGUUUUAUCUCGGCAGGGUAUAAUGCGCAAUUUAGUGCGAAGAUACGUGACAGUGGAACAGCGUAAAGCCGAAAACCAAGGUGUCACUGAAGACGAUGUGAACGAGAUUAAGCAGGACAUAUCUGCGUUCCGCUUCGAGCUUAUAGAAAUACUGAAAAACUCGGGAAUGAACACUUCUACGGCGCAUAGCGGUAUGGGUUCGCUUUCAGGCACCGGCGGCAAGAAAAACAGACAGAAAGAGCGGAGACUGAUGAAGGGCUUCAACAUCGGACCCCAACCUUCGACCUCGUCCGCUUCGUUACCUCCCGUUGCUGAGUUCAUCGCGUCCUUACAACAGACACACCACCACCACACGGGCAGUCAAGACAGUCAUCAUCAUCACCAUCACCAUCACGACUUCUUCGGCAGCACUCUGUCUGGCAUUUUCGCCGGUGCAACGGGUCAUCAAAGGAAAGGUCACAUUGGAUCAACAGUUAGUUCUUCACAGGGUAGCAUCAACGAAGGUCACCAUCAUCACCACCAUAAAAGAAUGAAUCUGAAACGAUCACACUCCCACAAGAGGCGAUGGGGUACUUUGAUUGAGGCUGCUAAGACAGGCAAGGUGUCUCGCUUGAUUGGUCGUUCCCGAUCUGAGGAUUCCGUUUGUAACAGUUGCAGCAAUGACGGCGUUGGAGUUGGUAAUGGUGGUAGCAUUAGCCCACCACCUUCCGACGAGAAUGCGUCUGUGUCUCCUACAGAUUCAAAUCACAGUUUGGAUACAACGCAAGUGGCGACUCCUCCGCCCACAGUUACAACGCAUACUACCGUACCACAACAACAGCAGCAAACACACCAUCACCAUGAACCACCACUACAUAGUGGUAGCGGGAUUUCCCAUGGUUUGGCGCUGCUGAAGAAGAAACGGAAAAAGUUUUCAGCGUCUAGAAACGUGGGACCAGUAGUAGUGCCUCCACCGGAAUCGCCUAUGGAUAUUGUUUCCAAAUUAGUUGGCCCUAAAAAGUUUCAGCAAGUUCUGAAAAGGGCGUCAAGUGUUCCCACCAGAGUACCGGAAGUAGACCAGAUGAUACCCCGCCACGAGAAAACGCAAUCUCAACAGGACUCCAUCGAAUUGCCAGUAGCUGCGGCGUCUACUCUGACGCCUUCUACGACAGAAGAAAGUGUUGCUGCCUACGCUCCGCCGACGGCGGCGCCAGCAUCCGGUACAUCACGAGAACCGCUUCUGUUUAAUAACUCAUCGUCGAGCAACGCACAAACCACUAUGUCAUCACAAACUCCUGAGGACGAGUUCAAACAACAUGCGACUUCGCAGUCGCUUCCUAAACUUCCAGGAGUUAUACCUGUCAGUGGUCACAACACAUCAGGAUGGCUGUAAUUACGAAUAGUUUGCGAUACUGUCAUUAAUCUGCCGAUAUACUGUUGUGAGUUUAACGAUAUGUAGAAGAAACAGUGCAAUGCUUCCCUAUAGGUUUCAUUCGAUUUUGUUUUAUGAUAUCCAUAUACUGAAGUUACCUAUGUGUUUAGCAGUUGUUUGUUGCCUAAAUGAACCAAU